UUACACAUAUGGGCCAUAUGUGUAAUUUGAAAUUCGAUACUCCGUAAUUUGGAGUUCGGAUUCGGAUCAUCUCAUAGACUCGUACUUUCUGCACACAUCUAUCGCGCUUUUCAACCAAACCCUAGUUUGUACGCCAUGUUCUCAUUCAUCUUUUCACUGCAAAAUCAGAGCUUGAUUAUGUUUAUAGUCCGUAUAUAUGUUUUUUUAUACAUGUCUUGAAUGUGCGGUGUAUGCGUCUGUUUUUUUCUUCGUUUUGUGCCGAGAACUAUGUUGCGGCUGUUAUAAUUAAGUUAGCUAAUUGCUGCCAUGGAUCCUAGUGAGAGUGAGACGACCCAAACUACACCUGCUCAGAUGGGUGGAGAGAAUGACACUUCGAGCUUUGAUGAUGGGGAAAAUGGUUCGAGGAAUAGAAGGUCAAGUUCAAAGCAUAGCUCUCGUGAUUAUGAGCACGAAAAGGAGUCCUCAAGAAGCAAGGAUAAGGAAAGGGAGAGAGGACGUGAUAAGGAUAGAGAUAGGGAUAGAGACAGAGACAAGGAUCAUGACCGUCACCGUAGAGAUAGAAGCGAGAGAAGGAGAACUCGAGAGAGUGAUGCUGAAGUUGAUAAUGAUGACUAUUACAAGAGUCGAGACCAUGAUAGGCGCAGAGAUAGGGAUGAAAGACACAGACACAGAUCUAGAUCCUAUGACAGAGAAAGAGAGGAAAGACGAUCACACAGGUCGAAGUCCCAUGACAGGGAUAGAGUGGAAAGACAUAGACAUAGGUCCAAGUCCCGUGACAGAGAUGUAGAAGAAAGGCACAAGCGUAGGUCCCACUCUAGGGGAGGAUCUAGGCACAAGUCAAAAUCAAAGUCUCCAUCUCCUAUUCGAUCUCGUUCCCGAUCUGUUUCUAAAAGAGAGAGGAAAAGUGGAUUUGACAUGGCACCUACUGAUCCUGCUCAGCUACCUGGGGCUUUGGGUCUUCCAGGUCAAGUUCCUGCGAUUACACCAACCAUUCCAGGAAUAUUUCCAAACAUGCUAACUUUUGCACCAGGACAGUUGGGAGCUCUCCCUGUUAUGCCAAUUCAGGCUAUGACUCAGCAGGCUACGAGACAUGCACGUCGAGUGUAUGUUGGUGGACUUCCUCCAAGUGCUAAUGAACAGUCUGUGGCAAUAUUCUUUAAUCACGUAAUGGCUGCAAUUGGUGGAAACACAGCCGGUCCAGGUGACGCAGUGGUCAAUGUUUACAUAAAUCAUGAGAAAAAAUUCGCGUUUGUAGAGAUGAGAUCAGUUGAAGAGGCCAGCAAUGCCAUGGCACUGGAUGGCAUUAUCCUUGAGGGAACUCAAGUUAAGGUCAGAAGACCUACCGAUUACAAUCCAUCUCUGGCUGCUGCACUUGGUCCAAGCCAACCAAACCUUGACCUGAAUCUUGCAGCUGUUGGGUUAGCUCCAGGGUCAUCUGCUGGGCUUGAGGGCCCUGACCGUGUCUUUGUCGGAGGCCUUCCAUACUAUUUCACUGAAGCUCAGAUUCGAGAGCUUCUCGAGUCUUUUGGACCACUUAGAGGGUUUAAUCUUGUGAAAGAUAGGGAAACAGGAAAUUCAAAAGGCUAUGCUUUCUGUGUGUACCAAGAUGUUUCUGUUACUGAUAUUGCUUGUGCAGCUCUUAAUGGGAUUAAGAUGGGCGAUAAGACUCUUACUGUUAGACGUGCCAGUCAGGGUUCAUUACAACCUAAACCAGAACAGGAGAGCAUACUGUUACAUGCACAACAGCAAAUAGCGCUACAGAGACUCAUGUUACAACCUGGUGGGUUACCCACAAAGGUGCUAUGCCUAACAAAUGUGGUUAAUGCGGAUGAGCUAAAGAAUGAUGAAGACUAUGAGGAUAUAUUGGAAGAUAUGAGGAUGGAAUGUGGGAAAUUUGGUACCUUGGUGAAUCUAGUAAUCCCUCGCCCAUGCCCUGAUGGUGAGCCUACACCUGGAGUUGGAAAGGUGUUUCUUGAGUACGCUGAUGUGGAGGGUUCUAGCAAAGCCCAGCAAGGGUUGAAUGGAAGAAAAUUCGGUGGAAAUCAAGUGGUUGCUGUGUUCUAUCCCGAGAACAAGUUCUCUCAGGGAGACUAUGAAGGCUGCUAGUUGUAGCUUUUGUUUCUUUUUUAGAAUUUCCUGACGAUGAAAGAUUGCUAGUUUGGUUAGUACUAAUUAUAUGAACCUUGAAGGAAUAUUGUUUCUGACUUUCUGCACAGGAUUAUCCUAGCUAUGACCCUAGCUAUUAUCCCUUGUGUCCGUAUUCAUCUGCUCUUGAUUUAUUAAAUAAAAAGUAGUUCGCCAGGUA